AAAAAAAUCAGAUCAUCUAUACAAAAUUGAAAAGAUGAAAAGUGUGGAUCGACGUUUAAAUCAAUGGAAAAAGAAAUGUAACUACAAAGCUAGUGCACUUCACAGGAACACUUCGCUAAGAAGUUUCCACAUAAAAAAUGAUGAUUUUGGACCAGGAGAAUGGGAUAUGAUAAAUGAUUUAUUUAUAUUUUUUAGGGACGAGGA